GCAAAAUAUCUUGGAAAACGUUACAAGAUUAAAGAUAAUACAAAGCAAAAUAAAUGGUCACACCGAAGUAUCUAGAGACGAGGUCCCAUGACCACCAUCUUGAACCCUCUCGGAAGCAGUCUGAAAGAGGUUCAACUCUUCAACAGGAAUCUCGGCAGUGAUGUAGAACCUUUUUGCAUGUUCCACAAUUUAGUCGCAAAUCUCGAACACAACUUAAAUGAAGCGUCACCUUCAAACGACAACCUCAUCCUCAAGAGCCUUAAUUUGAGCCUCGACCUCCUAACAAAGAGUUUCUCGAUCCUCUUCACCAUUACGGGAACUUUCAAAUGGGAUGGUUCCAAUAUGGAGUGUGGCAAAAUGGGUCCUUUUGCUAGGAACAUACUGCUUUAAUAUGUUGAAAUGAAGUGAAUUUGGUUUAAUGUAAUAUGUAUUUGGUUUAAUGGAAAUUGAAUGAUUUGCCUA